CCGCACUUUCACAACUUGUCUUUAUCCUCUUUAAUAAUUAGAAUGAAAAAAAAAAACACAAACUCAAAACCAUUCGCGUCUCCUCCUCCUCCUCUUCCUCUUCCUCCUCUUUGAACAAAUCCAAUGGCUUCUCUCUCUCCGCCUGAAGAAGCAGCUUCGUAUCACCGCCGUCGCUCCAAACGCUAUCCCUCCUCUUCCACCACCACCAACGGCGUCUCCGCCGCCGAAUCUGUUCCCGACAAACGCCACAAGAUCUUUCACGAAUCCUCCUCGAGUCUCAUAUCUCCCUCCGAGAUCGAAGCAGAGUUCUCCCACCACGACCCCGCCUUCGCUCGGAUCAACAACGGGAGCUUCGGCUGCUGCCCCUCCUCCGUCAUCUCCGUCCAGCGAGACUGGCAGCUCCGGUUCCUCCGCCAGCCGGAUCGGUUCUUCUUCGACGACCUCAAACCCAGCAUCUCCCAGUCCAGAGCCGCCAUCAGACGCCUCAUCAACGCCGAGCACGACGACGAAGUCUCCCUCGUCGACAACGCCACCACGGCGGCGGCCAUCGUCCUCCAGCAGACCGCCUGGGCCUUCCGGGAGGGGCGAUUCGACAGAGGCGACGCGGUGGUGAUGCUCCACUACGCCUUCGGCUCCGUCAAGAAAUCGGUGGAAGCGUACGUCUCACGCUCCGGCGGGGAGGUGAUCGAGGUUCAGCUCCCGUUCCCGGUUAACUCGGCUGAGGAGAUAAUCAACCGGUUUAGAGCCGGUUUGGAGUUGGGUAAGGCCAACGGUACCAGGAGGGUGAGGUUAGCGUUGAUCGAUCACGUGACGUCGAUGCCUAGCGUUGUGAUACCGAUCAAGGAGCUUGUGAAGAUAUGUAGAGAGGAAGGCGUUGACCAAGUGUUCGUUGACGCGGCUCACGGGAUUGGUUGUGUCGACGUGGACAUGAAGGAGAUCGGUGCUGACUUCUACGCUAGCAAUCUCCACAAGUGGUUCUUCGCGCCGCCUUCUGUCGCUUUCUUGUAUUGCAAAAGGUCCGGUGGUGGUGGUGGUAGUAAUCUGCAUCACCCGGUUGUGUCUCACGAGUACGGUAACGGUUUAGCUGUUGAGAGCACGUGGGUCGGGACUAGGGACUAUAGUGCGCAGCUGGUCGUGCCAUCGAUUUUGGAGUUUGUGAACCGGUUCGAAGGUGGGAUUGAUGGGAUAAAGAAGAGGAAUCAUGAGUCUGUGGUUGAGAUGGGACAGAUGCUGGUUAAGUCUUGGGGGACGCAGCUAGGUUGUCCGCCUGAGAUGUGUGCGAGUAUGGUUAUGGUUGGGUUGCCUGUGUGCUUAGGUGUGUCGAGCGAGUCGGAUGCUGUGAAGCUUAGGAACCUUUUGAGAGAGAGGUUCUGCAUUGAGAUCCCGACCUACUAUAGAGCGCCUGGUGAGGGGGAGACUGAUGAUUCGAUCACCGGGUAUGUUCGCAUUUCGUUUCAAGUUUAUAACAAACCUGAGGAGUAUCAUAGGCUUAAGGACGCAGUAAAUGAACUUGUGAGAGAUGGGUUCAAAUGCACGUCUCUAUCUGAUUGAAUAAGGGUAACAAGCUAUUUCGAGGUGGAGUAAAUGAAUAAUGAAUGCCUGGUGGAAGUUAUGAUGGUUUAGGUACCAUGAGGAUUUGGGAAGAAGUGAAGUAGCCUAUAUAUAUGUAUUUUCUAGUCAGGUCAUAAAACAUCUUCUCAAUACAGUAAUGAUUGUAUGAGAAGACUUUGUAAGCAUUCUUCUAUUUCAUUUGCUCGACAUGUCUGUCUUAAAAACGUUAGCAACGUCGGUAAUAAAGUAACAACGGUCACUAUUUUCAGUGUUGUUGUUGGUUCGA